AUGCUGCCCCACGGGGGUCAGGGAGCCCUUGGCUUUGCACUGUGUGUCUGGUGGUGUGUAUUUGCACUAUGCUUUAAAGGCUGUGCAGGCUGCGCGGCGGAGGAGAGGCUCUUUCACAAGCUGUUCGCUCAUUAUAACCAGUUCAUCAGGCCCGUGGAGAACGUUUCCGACCCGAUCACCGUGUAUUUUGAAGUGGCCAUCACGCAGCUGGCCGAUGUGGAUGAAGUGAACCAGAUCAUGGAAACCAACCUGUGGCUACGUCACAUCUGGAAUGAUUAUAAGCUGCGUUGGGACCCCACGGAAUAUGACGGCAUUGAGACUCUCCGUGUUCCUGCCGAGAUGAUCUGGAAGCCCGACAUCGUUCUCUACAACAAUGCGGUCGGCGACUUCCAAGUCGAAGGCAAGACAAAAGCUCUUCUUAAAUAUGAUGGCAUGAUAACCUGGACUCCACCCGCGAUUUUUAAGAGUUCCUGUCCUAUGGACAUCACUUUUUUCCCUUUUGACCAUCAAAAUUGUUCCCUGAAAUUUGGUUCCUGGACUUACGACAAAGCUGAAAUUGACCUUCUAAUCAUUGGCUCUAAAGUGGACAUGAAUGAAUUUUGGGAGAACAGUGAGUGGGAAAUUGUCGACGCUUCUGGCUACAAGCAUGACAUAAAGUACAACUGUUGUGAAGAGAUAUACACAGACAUCACCUAUUCUUUCUACAUUAGGAGACUCCCGAUGUUUUACACCAUUAAUCUGAUCAUCCCCUGUCUCUUUAUUUCAUUUCUUACUGUCUUGGUCUUCUACCUUCCUUCUGACUGUGGUGAAAAAGUGACACUUUGCAUUUCAGUGCUGCUUUCUCUGACUGUGUUUUUGCUUGUGAUCACAGAAACCAUCCCGUCCACAUCUCUCGUGAUCCCCCUGGUGGGUGAAUACCUGCUCUUCACCAUGAUCUUCGUCACCCUGUCCAUCGUGGUGACGGUGUUUGUACUGAACAUCCACUAUCGCACCCCGACCACUCACAACAUGCCCACGUGGGUGAAGGCGGUCUUCCUCCGGCUGUUACCCCAGAUCCUGAUGAUGAAGAGGCCUCUGGACAAGAAGAAGGAGACAGGAUCUGAUAGAAACCCCAAAGGAGUCUCCAGUAGGCCUGCCAAAGUCAAGUUUGAUCAUCACAAAGAGCCCAGACUUCUUAAAGAAUGCUGCCACUGUCAUAGAUCCACUGAACCCACCACCAGCAAGAGAAGAUUAAGUCAUCAGCCUUUACAGUGGAUGGCUGAAAACUCGGAGCUCUCGCCUGAAGUUGAAGACGUAAUUGAUAGUGUUCAUUUCAUAGCAGAAAACAUGAAGAACCAAAAUGAAACAAAGGAGGUAGAGGACGACUGGAAAUACGUGGCCAUGGUGGUGGACAGGGUGUUCCUGUGGGUGUUCAUCAUUGUCUGUGUGUUUGGAACUGCAGGGCUGUUUCUCCAGCCGCUCCUGGGGAACACAGGGCAUUUGUAA